AGGCAGUGGGCUCCGAGUCAACUGGUAUGACCGCGGGCACUGGGUCAGACAUUGGAUCGUCUGACUGGACAGCGGGCAUCGGGUCACCAGGCAUCAAGUCAUUUGGCUCGACAGCGAGCACCGCGUCAUCUGGCAAGGCAGUGGGCUCCGAGUCAACUGGCAUGACCGCGGGCACUGGGGCAGACAUUGAAUCGUCUGGCUGGACAGCGGGCAUCGGGUCACCAGGCAUCAGGUCAUUUGGCUCGACAGCGGGCACCGCGUCAUCUGGCAAGGCAGUGGGCUCCGAGUCAACAGGCACGACAGUGGGCACCGGGUCAUCAGGUACCGGAUUGUCUGGCUCGACAGCGGGCAUCGGGUCACCAGGCAUCAGGUCAUUUGGCUCGCCAGCGGGCACCGCGUCAUCUCGCAAGGCAGUGGGCACCGAGUCACCAGGU